CGGAAGGUCCCGGAUCCGGAAUUGAAUGUGGUUCACUGCUCAAGUGGCGGAGCUGGGGGGAAAUGGCCACAGGGACAGACCAGGUGGUGGGACUCGGUCUUGUUGCUGUUAGCCUGAUCAUCUUCACCUACUAUACCGCCUGGGUGAUCCUCUUGCCAUUCAUCGACAAUGAGCAUGUCAUCCACAAGUUCUUCCUCCCUCGAGCGUAUGCUGUUGCCAUCCCCCUGGCCGCGGGUCUCUUGCUGCUCCUGUUUGUGGGAUUAUUCAUCACCUAUAUUAUGCUGAAGAACCAGAGGGUGACCAAGAAGGCUCAGUGAAGGCCUAACAGAGAGGAGGCUGCCGGCAUCUUCUCUCCGUCCAUCCCCUCCAGAGCAGGGACCAAGGGUCAGAGCCUGUAGGACAGUCCAGGCAAGGCAGCCCCUCCAGCCUGGCUGCCAUGCAGCCCUCUUAGGGAUGGAGCUGCUCAGGCAGACCAAGCCUCUCCUGCUCACUCUUCCAGAAGCCAGGAGGAGGGAGAAAGACCUGGAAGCCUCCCUUUCAUUCCCUUCCGUCUCAGGGCCUGCCCGCCUCACUCUCAGACUGUCCCUUUUCCCUCUGGGUUCCACCUCCUUGCUCAGUUUCCCUCCAGUGACAUACUGAUGACGUGGGACUUAGCAGGGUGUGAGGAAGCACAUGGCCUCUCCCUGUGUCCCCUGAGCAUUGCUGCUCCCCAAAGGCAGCUUCUGAGUCGGACACAGCCCAGACCCCACAAGGACAUCUGGACCUGGAAAGCUCUGAGGAAAGCCUGAAGACCCCAGGGCACUGGGACACAUUAAGGCAGCCACCCCAGGCCCCCAGGCCAUGUUUACCUAGGACGAGCAGGCUCCUGGCCCAGAGUGGCCUGUUUGGGAGAACU